AUGGUGCGGUAUUACUACCAGGAUGAUCCAUUACCUCAAUCGCAUUCAGCAAUCAUACGAUGGUUUGGAUUCGAUCGCUUCGUUCCCGAGUGGGCUGUGACAUCUUACUGGAUGCCAUCCAAGGCAUUGCUUUGUAUACGAAUCAUUACUUGUCUAUAUAGCACUAUAGUCAUAUGGGCAUCCAUUGGCACAUCAGCCAUGCAAGGCAACUUUCAGCAUUACUUUGCGCAUUUUACGGAAAUGACCUAUAUUGGCUUACACGCCUAUCUUGUGACUGUGCUAUAUCAUCAUGUCCGCUAUUUAAUGCAUCAACAUGAGCCGAGAUCUUUUUUCAAUCAGCCAUCGGUACUCAAUUACAUGUUUUAUUAUCUAUAUCAUACCAUCUGUGUUUACAACAUCAUUACACCCAUUGUCUAUUGGGCUGCACUCUCUCCUCAAGUCACGCAUGCGAGUGGCACAAACCCAUCUGCCGCUCAGAGUGGCGGCUAUCAGCCACCAAUAGAUUGGUGGAUCAAUACAUCCAUGCAUGGUGUAUCCUUUGUCUUGAUGGCUACGGAAGUACUUUUUAGCCGAAUGCGCAUGACUCUCAGGAUGGUCGUCAUUAUUCUCAUCAACAUCAUUCUUUAUAUGCUUCUUACUUUUAUCAUCUUCGCAAGUACGGGAUGGUGGGUGUAUUCGUUUUUGGAUUGGAGUCAAGGAGCCAUUUGUGCAGCUUGGUACCUUGGUAUUGGGGCUGCUUUUGUUGUCGUCUUUGGUGUAAUGUACCUGAUACAUAUGCUUCGCGAUUGGAUAGCAAAGAAACUUGCACAGCAGUAG